AUGUUCAGUCGACGAUUUGAGCCAGCCGCGAAUAAGAGUUUCUCCAAGACUCAAAAAGUCAAUAAGUCCAGUUCAUCUUUCAGUAAAAGUAGCGGAGUCUCUAAGAGUCGACAUGAACCUCGUCAACAUCGCCGCCCGGCGACUGCGACAUCUUCAAAUGUACCUAUGGAAACAGCCCUCUCACCAACUGGCACGUUAACCCCUUCCAUCGUCACUCUGGUCAUCGGUAGUGACCAACGCAUCUUCGCCGCCCACGAAGAUGUUCUCCGCGCUUCGUCGUGGUUCCAGCAAGCCUUGUCGAACCAGUACAUGGAAGGCCAGAACUCCAAACGCAUACAUCUCCCAGAUGAGGAACCCGAGAUCUUCUCGUCUAUUCUAGAAUAUCUAUACAAAGGCGACUACUACCCUCGCCUAAUCCAUAAUAAGCGUCGGAACUCGUGGGAGAUUGAGCAGAUUGAAGAUGAUGAUCGUGGCUCGAAAGAGUCAACCGUUUAUCACCGCGGCGUUGAUGGCGACGUUCUUAAGGACACCGUCAUUUAUUGCACGGCCGACAAGUAUGGCCUUGAGGAACUCAAGCGAGUCGCUCUACGCAAACAGGGUCUUCAGUCCGGUAUUCAGUGCAGCACUAUCCUCGCAUCGGCGCGUUACGCAUAUGCCAACACGCCAGAUUCUGACUCUAAGUUACGAGCACACUACCUUGCUCUCAUCAUCCGAAGCCGUAGCACUUUCAAACGAAGCGGUACCAUGCAGCUAGAGAUGUUCAACGGCGGUACACAGCUCUUCUUCGACCUUUUCGUCGCCUUAUGCAACCACGUCGACGAUAUUUCCAGCACUCAAAACACACCCCGAAGCAACCGCCAUUUCUUCUAA